AUGAAUCAAUCUUCAAAAAAGCAUCGCGUUUCUGAACCGGUGAAUACAAUAAAACAUGAGAAUAAUUCAAUGGAAGCAUCGGUACCAUCAUUCGUGAUGAAUUUUGGAAGUGGUGUUUGCGCUCCUGAACCUUUUCCUUGUUCAUCAUUCUUUAAUGUUUCGUUAGAUGAUGCAAACAACAAUAAUAUAUCUAAUAACAGAGCAGCUUUUCAAACAUCUGUCGAAGUUCUAUCAAGCAGUGGGAAUUAUUUCGCUAUGAAUUCAGCGAAGAUAAACCCAUCAGAUCAUGAUGCUUCAACUUCUUUAAAUGCAGCACAAUUUUCCGAAAGGCCACCAAAGCGUAGACAGCGAAAGCGUUAUGCCGAUUCACAAGCGGAGUUGGAAACAAUGAUUUGGAGCGAGACUGAUUUUCAUCGAUCAGCAAUUGUCUCAGGUCCAUUAGCUUCUACUUGUGCUUCAGAUUUGUUUCAAAAUUUUUCUGCUUUGCCUGUAAGGAGCACUGCUUCAGACGAAACAAAAAACCAGACACGUGGCAAACCACGCAAAAGAAUGGUCGCAGAUACUUCGCAUUGCUAUAAUCAAAAUUCACAAGUUGAAACUUCUUCAAAUAAACCUGCAACGCCUCAGCCGUCUUUAUCGCGCGCUGAAAAUUCUCUUCUCGUGCUUACACAAAAAUUCGUUGAUUUGGCAGCAUCUUCUGGGGGUAGAAUCGAUUUAAACGCGGCUGCAGAUACUCUUGAAGUAAAAAAACGCAGAUUAUACGAUAUCACGAACGUGCUCGAAGGUAUUAAUCUCGUCAGAAAAGUGGAAAAGAAUAGUGUUGUUUUUACUGACAUUUAUGGUAAAAACAAAGCAGAUGCUGAAAUUCAAUUUUUGAGAGAAGAAGCACAGAAAAUGAAGGAAGCCGAGAAGCUCUUAGAUUUUUUAAUUAAGGAAACCAGUAAUAGUUUGGCAUUAGCCAAACAAGACCCUACGGCUACUGGCUAUGGUUAUCUCACUUACAACCAACUGAAUGCUGUGGAAAAAUUCUAUGGAAAGACACUUAUUGCGUUACAGGCUAAACCAGGCAGUUUUACUAAUAUAGAAGUUCAGUCUGAUGAUCCAAAGAAGGUCCAUGUCUCAAGUAGUGAUGGUAGUGAAAUCCGUGCUUUUUUGGGCCCUACGAGUAACGGCGAAUGCAAAGGAGAAUUUAAUGGAAAUGAAGAGGGCACUGAGCAUAAAAAUAUUAGCAUUUCUUAUGUUGAGAAUUCAAUGCGAAUGGAUUUUAUGAAAUCAGAAAUUUCUCAGUUCUCCUUCAGUGAAAAAUGUGACCAAGCCUUGAUUGAUCAGAAUCAUUUUCAAGGAUUAAAUACACAUUCAGAUGAAAGUUGCCAUUAUAAUUCUCAGAAUUAUAGUGGUACAGUUCCUCAGCAGAAUAUCUCAUUUGAGUCUUCAGCGUCUUCAUCUCAAGAGUCUCAUGCAGCAGAAGGCAUUUCUGAGGUUUAUGGUAGAAGAAUACUGAAAAAUUUGGAAAAAAUGCUUAUGUUUGAAACGUUUUUAAAGCAUAUAGCAGUUUUUAAAGGAUGUGGUAUAAAUCGCUUGUUUAUGUCUUUGGAUUCUCCCUUGGGAUUUCCGAAUCAUUCCUUCAGUUCUCCGUUGUCAGUGGUCACUAACAAUCUUUCGUUCACUCCAUUUCCGAAUGAUGUGCUUGAAGGAAAUUCAGGUAUGUUGGAACUGGAACCUACGGGUGAAGGUGAGCCAUAUGCAUAUGGUAUGACCUCAAAUGAGGGCCUUUCAGACUUAUAUUCGACAACGGAUUGGUCUUAA